GGCGAUUUGUACUCGUGGCACCCCGGUCCAGCCGGGAAGCGAGGGCGAGCGGAAGGUGUCUGAUUACAGUAACAUCUGUAUGGAGCUAGCAUGUGUGUGUUGUGUGUCGUUGACAUUGAACUGAGGUUGUUCUUGAGGAAACCUUGGAUAUAUACCAUAAUGUGGAAGAUACUGCUACUGCUGAGUUUAACUUUAUACAAGGUCAAAGGUGAAGUAUUCACAGCCCUCGUUGACCUGGAGAAUGUAAUCUACACAGAGGGAAACCUGUUGGGGGCGCUAGAUGAAUACAUUCAACAGGAGGAGGAGAGACUGGAGAAAGUAAAAAGCAAAGCUGAAAUCUUGAGGCGCAUGAACCGGGACGCAAUCUCUGACACAGAGCAUUACCUUGGUCAUCCAGUUAAUGCUUUCCUCUUGGUCAAGAGAUUCCUUUGGGAAUGGGUGGACCUGGAGAAUUGGAUCAAAUAUGAUGGACCAAAGACAGCCUAUCUGAGGAACAGUACCCAUUUCAAGGAGCAUACCCCAGGGCAAGACGACCUCAAGGGUGCCACUGCGGCUCUUCUGCGUCUUCAAGAUACAUACAAGCUCAAGACCACAAAGAUUGCGAGUGGAGAGAUUGAAGGAACUAGAACAACAGCAUCAUUAACAGCUCUCGAAUGUUUUGAGCUUGGUAGAGUAGCAUACAACCAAGGCGACCAGUACCAUGCCCGUCUGUGGAUCACAGAAGCUUACCAACGUUACAUGAACGAAUCAAAACUCGGUAAAGUGCUUGAUCUCGACGAGCCCCUCCUACUCGACUAUCUGGCUUACUCUUCAUUUAAGCAAGGAUACUUGGACGAUGCUAUCGCAUAUACUGACAAACUCCUUUCUCUUGACCCAAAUCAUGAGAGAGCCAAAAACAACAAGGCCUACUUCAUGAAUGAACUACAGGAGAAAGAGCUGGAGGAGAAGACAAGAGGAGAUUUGGCUGAGUUCGAUGAAGAGACGGGAGAGGUUGCUAAAACACCCGAGGAGCUUGAAAAAGAGAAGGAAGAACAAGCUUACUCGUAUCCAGAAAGGAAACAGUACGAGGCGCUGUGCCGCGGGGACCCAGGCGCUCUCAAGAAAGUUGAUCACAAGAUUCUGCUGUGCAAAUACCAGCAUUACAACCAUCCAUUCCUCUACCUCCAGCCAGCGAAGGAAGAGGUCAUCUUCGACGACCCCCGGCUCGUCUUCUAUCGCGAGAUCCUCAACGACAGGGAGAUUGAAUUUGUAAAACGACUUGCAUCACCAAGACUUCAGAGGGCUACGAUUCAGAACGCUAUCACAGGCAACCUUGAGUUCGCCGACUAUCGAAUCAGCAAGAGCGCGUGGCUGCGACAGGAGGAAGAUACGAGGAUUCGCCACAUCAGGCGUCGCGUCCAGGCCUAUACGGGUCUCGAUCUCGACACGGCUGAAGAUCUGCAGGUGGUCAACUAUGGUAUCGGAGGGCACUACGAGCCUCAUUUUGAUUUUGCAAGGGCAGAUGAAAAGAGUGCAUUUGAGUCGUUAGGAACUGGGAAUAGAAUCGCUACUGCUCUUUUCUACAUGAGUGAUGUAGAAGCUGGAGGAGCCACAGUUUUCACAAAAGUUGGAGCAAGAGUUCUUCCAACAAAGGGUAGUGCAGUGUUUUGGUAUAACCUCUUUAAGAAUGGACAGGGUAACUAUGAUACAAGACAUGCAGCAUGCCCAGUACUAGCUGGAUCAAAGUGGGUCGCGAACAUCUGGAUACACGAGAUGGGACAGGAGUUCAGACGAAAGUGUGGAUUAAGCGCCAGCGAAUAGCA